UUGAUUGGGGACGACAUCAGUGGGCAGAAGAGACCCAUUGCUCCCUAACAGAAAGAAUAACUCUCUGUAGCUGCAGCUUAUUUUGAGAGAUUUAUGCCUGUUUUUUUUGUUUAUUUGUUUUUUUAAUUUGCUUGUUGAAACAUUUCUGAGGGACGAAAACUGAAAAGACGAGAGCAAUUUUACAGUUUCAUUGUUAUCGUUACAUUUGCCAGGAUGAUAUCUGCCAGAGUUUCUGUUUCCUUGAUACUUCUUCUCUUCAUUCACUUUGAAAUGGUAAAACCAUCAGACAAAAGUGACCGAGCACACGUAGAUGAUCAUGUGACUGAGCAGAUCGAGCAGACUGAGCAGACGGAUCAGAAAAUCCAGAUACCAAAUUUACCAACCCCACUUCCCACCCAACUGGCUACUACCAAAGCCCCAGAGACACCUGAGAGCAAUGAGUAUCUGGAAUCCUUUCAAUGUUGGAAGACUCGUGCAUCAUGUGAUGUGGCUUUUUGCCUUCCAUGGGAGCGUUGCGUUGAAGGAAAGUGCACAUGUAAACCUCCUUAUCUGUGCCCCGUUGAGAAUGUGAACCCAGUUUGUGGCCAUGACAACAGGAACUACCGAUCCUACUGCCAGGUGAUGGCGCUCUCAUGCCGGACCUGGAAAUCCCACAUGUCCCACUUUGGGGAUAACUGUGAUGUAAAUAGUCCAAAGUUCAGAACUUCAAUAGAUGAGGAAACCGGAUUAGUCAAGUUGUUUGUUCCUGACAGCAAUGGUGGGGAGGAAUUACUGGUGUGUAGGAAGAUGUGGAACAUGGCUGCUGCUAAUGUGGCUUGCAAGGAACAGAAGAAACCACUGGGUGCAGGAUCCAAAAACACAGUGGUGUACAACACCUUGACAGCUUCCACACAGCUUCCACGCAGAUGUGUUAGUGUCUACUGCCAAGGUUAUGAAACGUCCUUAGCUGAGUGUGUUAUCUACGACAAAGUGGAGGUUACAGAAGAAUCGUUAGUUGCUACUGCAACCUGUUACCAGGAAUCAACAGCACCAACAGACCGUCCCUUCACCUGUGCGAAUGGAAAGCGUGUGGAUCAACACCACACGUGUAACGGAAUUGAUGAUUGUGGUGACCAAAGUGAUGAGAUGUGCUGCAAAAAGUGCAGAAAAAAUGCUUUCCACUGUAAAACGGGAGUGUGUAUUCAUAAAGAAGCACUCAGUGAUGGCAAGAUCGACUGCCUGGAUGGCGAGGAUGAAUCAAACAAAUUUAAGUCAAAGCAAAAAUCACUUUCACAGAAAGGUCUGCCCAAAAAUUCAGAGUACAUCUCUCCGAUGAAUGAAACGAAGGCCAACAGAAAACACCUGGAGGCCAAGCUGUUCUGUGGCAUUCCAAAUGCUACCACAGUGGAUGAUGAGGAAGUGGUGCAACGAGGACAGAGUACCCAUGGAAGAGUCAAGAGGGUAGUCGGGGGAGUACCAGCAAAGCCGACCCAAAUCCAGUGGCAGAUUGCUCUGGAGGAAAACAAGAGGAUUGACUGUGGAGGAGCUUAUAUCGGAGGCUGCUGGGUCAUCACUGCAGCUCACUGUGUCAGACCCAACCCCCGUGCCUUCAGAGUGAAGUUUUCCCUCUGGAAAAAAUCUCGAGCUCAAGACACAACUGACAUUGUUCCUGUUGAGGACAUCAUUAUCCACCCAAAGUAUGAACAACACUAUCUAUACAUAAAUGUACUCUAUUCGUUUACAGUAUUCCUGUCGUUGUGUCCAGAGGGGAGGUCAGCUUCAGUGUUGCUCUGGGCCAACGUUUCUCUGAUCAACGAUUGCGGCAGAUUCUAUGGAAACCGCUUCAAACCAGGCAUGAUGUGUGCAGGUGAUGUGGAGGGCAGCGUGGACUCCUGUCAGGGCGACAGUGGAGGUCCUCUGGUUUGUGUGGAUGAGUUGGGAGUUUCCUACCUGUGGGGCAUCGUCAGCUGGGGUGAGAGGUGCGGACAGCCAGGAUUCCCUGGAGUUUAUACACAGGUCGCUCAUUACUUCGAGUGGAUUAGGCUUCACAUAGGUUGGUCUGCAGUCACCAAAUUCAACUCAUAAUAUGGAAAACCCACAGCAUGUGGCCACAUUUCAAUAUAGAUGUGCCAUUUUAUUUUGGUUAAAACUGCUCAGUGAAAGAUGGUAAAAUAUGCAUUCACUGUUUGAUGUUACUGCUUGGACCUACUGUUUGUAUUGGUAUUAAAAUACUACGUUCUAUCUAGUAAAACACCAAUAAAAUAUGCUUGUAAACAUA